UCCCAGCUGUUUUUUUUGCCUGCGUUGAUUUUAAAAGUUUUUUCCUGUAAUUUCACAAUUGUGAUUUAUUUAGUGAAAAAUGGAGAAAUUCGUGCGGGAUACGCUGUCCAAAUGUCUGGACUGUGUGGUCACGGAUCAGAUGAUGUCAACCAUACUGAACAUCAAAGAUGACUAUGAAUUCGAUAGUUAUUUUGGCAAUUUACUAAGCGAGGACAACGAGGAACAUCGUAUGUUCCUGCUGAAUUGCCGCAGGAUGUUAUUGAGCGGCAAACAGCCGCGAAACAAUGGCAAAAGUCGCACGCCCACCAAACAAUUGCCGCCCACAUCGCCGCCCAAGGGUUCAAAUCCAAAUCAGGGUCAAGGGGCCAAAGGAAAGUCGGGAAAGUACGUGAAUCUAUAUGCCAGCGAUGGCCGCGUUCAGGGAGACACCAUAUUGCUGAAAGGCCGGAGGCACUGCGACUGCCAGGCGGCGCAGCACAAGCUGAUCAACAAUUGCCUGGGCUGCGGCAGGAUCGUCUGCGAACAGGAGGGCAGCGGUCCUUGCCUGUGCUGCGGCGAUCCCGUCCACACGCCCGAGGAGGAGCAGCAGCUGGCCAAAGCGGCCAGGGAGAAGUCUGGCACGAAAACAACACAAAAACAGGGCAAAAAGUCAUCCAAAGAGUCCUCCAAAGAAUCCUCCAAGGAGGCGCUGGACAAGGCCCUGGCCCAAAGGGAUCGUCUGCUGGAGUACGAUAAGAACAGCGAGAAGAGAACCACGGUCAUCGACGACGAGCUUGACUAUUUCCAGGAGAACUCUGUGUGGCUAAGCGAGGUGGAGCGCGAGAAGUUUGAGAAGCUGAAGAGUGAGAUGCAGGAGAUGAAGCACGGCAGUCGCCUGAAGCGCAAAAUUCGCGUGGACUUCGCUGGCCGGGAGUUGCCGGAGGAGUCCACCAUCUCCAAGGAGUAUGAACAGCAGGUGAUCAGCGAACUGGCGGCGGUUACCAAAUCCUCGGGUGGCGCAUCCAACUGGAAUGCAUCCUCGAUCACAGGACACUCUGCCAUGGCACUCGCACCCAACUUGGACAUGGCCAAGCCGCCGGUCUACAAGCCCAGCAAGGAGGCCAAAAGCUGGCCUGCUCCGGCAGCGGCCAGUGAUGGGCUGGAGAGGAUCUACAAUAGGGUGCAGGACAAGGAGCUUCUCGAAAUGCAGGACAUGCGCCAGUGCCUGUCGAUGCACCAGCCCUGGGCUUCGAUGCUUGUGGCAGGCAUUAAAAAACAUGAGGGACGAGUGUGGUACAGUGAACACCGUGGUAGAUUGUGGAUCGCUUCCACUUCCAAGGAGCCGCACGCCGAAGAUAUUGCCCAAAUGGAGGGCUUUUAUAAGAUGCUCUACGGUGAUCCCGACAUCAAAUUUCCCAGUCAUUAUCCCACCAGCAGUCUGUUGGGAUGCGUUCACGUGGACAGUUGUCUGCCGCAAGAGGAGUACCGGGAUGCAUAUCCCAACGGCGAAUCGGAGAGUCCCUACGUUUUUGUGUGCACCAAGCCAGAGCAGCUUAAUUUACUACUGCCCGUUCAAGGCGAUCACAAAAUAUACGAACUCCCACUGAAAACUCACACGGCCGCCUGCAAAACUCUGCUAAGAGCCAGGGCCAGCAAGGGUUAAUGAUAAGGGAUUUCAACACACAUUCUUAAUAGUUUCAUGCCAGAAUCGCAUACAAAAUUCUUAAAUCCUUGGAAUGUAUUUAAAAUAAAAUGAAAAGCAUUAAGGUCUAAAAAAAAUGUAAUUGGAAGAUAUAAGACUUUUUUUUUAAGAUACAAAAUUCUUUAUAGUUUUGAAAAGUAAACUUGAAAAGUUAAA